AACAAGAUAUGAAUACCAAUUUGGUAUGAUUAGUUUCUUUGAUAUUCUCCGCUAGUGAGAAUAAUAUAAACACUUGGAAAACAAAAAUCCUACAAUAAACAUUUGGUGACAAAAUUGGAAUAAUAUGGAGGCGUGAAGAGCAUAGAAACAAAAACUUGUUAGCUUUAACGGUUAAGAGCCCCAAGCACACUCCUUAAACCCCACAGUUGGGCGGAGCCAUUCUAAGAGUGUGCUUUCUUGUUUUCAUCGCACCAAUUUUCUUCAAAUCUACCUCCUCUCAUCUUGACAAAAUCAAUCCCAGGUCUAUUAUUAUUCUCGCUUGGACAUUGAAUUAAACGUUAAAACAUUUGCUUUUGUUCUUUAGCCACAUUGAUCAGAAAAAUGGAGUCAGCUGCCGUGAAUGGCGUCUGCACUAAAUCUGCUAUUCCCUCCACUCCCGGCUUAUUUUUGGGGAGAAGGAGUGGUAUUAGGAGCUCGCAAUGUAACUUUAUGGCAGGGAGUAGGAUAAAUUAUCCUCGGCAGAGAGCUGAAGCAUGUAGAAUUAUUAGUAGUAAAUCUGUUAAACGUAGCGGUGCUCUUGCUGUAACAUGUCGUGCUGAGAAAAUUCUAGUAGCAAAUAGAGGAGAGAUUGCUGUUCGUGUGAUUCGGACAGCUCAUGAGAUGGGAAUUCCUUGUGUUGCGGUUUACUCAACCAUAGAUAAAGAUGCCUUACAUGUCAAGCUUGCUGAUGAGUCUGUUUGCAUUGGUGAAGCGCCAAGCAAUCAAUCGUAUUUAGUGAUCCCAAAUGUCUUAUCUGCUGCUAUCAGUCGUGGAUGUACAAUGCUGCAUCCUGGGUAUGGUUUCCUUUCUGAGAAUGCAGCUUUUGUUGAGAUGUGCAGAGAACACGGAAUCAACUUUAUUGGGCCAAAUCCGGACAGCAUUAGAGUCAUGGGUGACAAAUCGACUGCCAGAGAAACAAUGAAGAACGCUGGUGUUCCAACUGUACCAGGAAGCGAUGGACUACUGCAGACCACUGCAGAAGGAGUGAAGCUGGCUGAGGAGAUUGGUUACCCUGUGAUGAUCAAGGCAACAGCUGGUGGUGGUGGUCGUGGAAUGCGUCUUGCUAAAGAACCUGAUGAGUUUGUCAAGUUGUUUCAGCAAGCUAAGAGUGAAGCAGCAGCUGCAUUUGGAAAUGACGGUGUUUAUCUGGAGAAGUACAUUCAAAAUCCUAGGCAUAUUGAAUUUCAGGUUUUGGCUGAUAAAUAUGGUAAUGUCGUGCACUUCGGAGAGCGUGAUUGCAGUAUUCAGAGAAGAAACCAGAAGUUGCUAGAGGAAGCACCUUCCCCUGCGUUGACACCCGAGCUACGAAAAGCCAUGGGCGAUGCAGCUGUUGCAGCAGCAGCAUCUAUAGGUUACAUUGGUGUUGGUACUGUUGAAUUCUUAUUAGAUGAGAGAGGAUCCUUUUACUUCAUGGAAAUGAACACUCGUAUUCAGGUGGAGCAUCCAGUGACAGAAAUGAUAUCUUCUGUUGACCUGAUAGAAGAACAGAUUCGCGUGGCUAUGGGAGAAAAGCUGCGCUACAAACAGGAAGAUAUAGUGCUUAGAGGACAUUCCAUUGAGUGCCGUAUAAAUGCAGAAGAUGCAUUCAAAAAUUUCAGACCCGGACCUGGGAGAAUCACUGCGUAUUUGCCAUCUGGAGGUCCAUUUGUCCGCAUGGAUAGCCACGUUUAUCCUGGUUAUGUGGUUCCGCCGAGCUAUGAUUCCCUGCUAGGAAAGCUAAUUGUGUGGGCUCCAACACGUGAGAAGGCUAUUGAGCGCAUGAAAAGAGCACUUGAUGACACAAUUAUCACAGGAGUUCCAACCACAAUAGAAUAUCACAAACUCAUCCUUGAUAUUGAGGACUUCAAAAACGGCAAAGUCGAUACCGCUUUUAUUCCAAAGCAUGAACAGGAAUUAGCUGCUCCCCAACCAUCAGUUUCAGCAGCUACCAAGGAGUUGGUUAAGGCUAAUGCUUGAUUCAUUUUUGUUGCGUUUAACUUCUCCUUUACAUCUCGUCAGCGGUACAAUGUUAUAGCAUUGGGAUCUGGAGUUUACUGCCGUUCUGAAUACAAGAGUUGUCAGUUUAAAUGUAUUAAACUACACAAGACUGAAUGGAAUUCUUUUUGUUUUGGUCUUUGCCUUGUUAUAUAUUGGAAGAUGGAAUUAAAUUGUA